GUUUGACAUAAUUUUCAUGCUACGUAUCUGUGGCUACAUACAUAAUGACGCAUAUCAGCUGAUAGUCUAAGUUCAGUUGAAUGUUUAUUUAUAUGUUUUAAGUCUAAUAAAUACCUUAAUACGGUUCAAAGAUGUCAUGCAAUUCCUGUGCAAAACCAUUUUCACUGCUUCGAAAAGAGGUAGGGCUGCCAUCCAUCCGGGUUUCCCCGGAUUUGUCCUCGUUUGGAGGCCGUCCGGGCGGGCUUUCAAAAAGUGUCCGGGGAACACUUUUCAUAAAGGAUGUCCAAGUUGCGGGUUCAGCUACUGCUCCAAAUGUUUGGAAAACAAAAUGUUUGUAGAAAGGCUAAAUACUGAAGCUAAGGUAUGUGCAAAAUGUAAAAACAAUAGUUCAAAGCCCAAUGAACCCAAAACUAUUGAAGCACCUGAUGCGUACUACAGGAGAGUAGGUGCAAUUACUGAAAACCAAAGUGCAAACACAGGAGUGAAUACAAACAUGACAGACCUGCAAAUACUAGAAAGACUCAAAAAGUUAAAGGAAGACAGCAAAGUUACUCCCAAAUCAACAGAUGAAGAAAUUAAGAAUCGUUUGCAGAACAUAAGAGGAGAAAUUCCUACAACUUCAGAUGCUGAGAUAUAUUCAAGACUGGCAAAAUUAAAAGGCAUGCCUGUUGAAACUGUUGCAGCUAAGCCAGUGUUACCACCUCCAGACACCCGAACAGAGCAAGAGCAAGCUGAUGAUUUACUGAAGCAAUACAUGGAGCAAACUAAUAUUGAUACUAAAUAUCAAGAUGAGUUUGACAGUCUUGUCCAGGAUAUAGAGACUCGAAUAACUAAACUUAAAGGAACAACUCCCACAAAACCAGUAGACAAUCCGCAAACAGAGGACUCAGAUGAUGAGGAGACCACUGUCAAGAAAAUUCUUGAAAAGAUUAAAAUAGAGGACUCACCUAAUGAUGAGAUUCCACCAUCAGAUGAGCUGCCAUUUUGUGAAAUAUGCAAUGAAGACGCAAGGAUGAGGUGCCUUGGAUGCCAGUAUUUGUUUUGUAAGAGAUGUUUUAUGGAACACAAAGAUGAUGAUGAUGGCUGUAAUAGAUAUGUUCCCUAUGAAGCUCCAAAGAGCCACUAAAUAAAAAUGUUAAUGCACUAAAAAUCAUGUAACAAUAAAAAAUAUAUACUGAUAGUGUAAGAAUAAAUAAAUAAAUAUUAAGAAAUAAAAUCAACUAUUAUCAUG